AUGCCUACCAACUUGAAGUACUCGAGCAUCACCGCCUCAGCUGUCUCACCUACGGCUCCGAUUGCACGUCAAGUGCGGUGGUACGAUCGGAGCGGGAGUGCCACUUUCAUCGCCCCCGAUCCCUCCGAGGCGGCGGCUCAUGCAGAUGGCCGAACAGACAGCUUGAUGGAGUUUGUUGCGUCCACCUUUCAGCUUUCGGCUUCCAUCCAGCCUCUUUUCCAGCUGAGUUCUGGGGCGGCACGGAGUAUGUACGUGAAUCCAGUCGACUCGUGCUUUGGUGGGUAUGAUUUGCUUGUUGCUAGGACGGGGGUUCUACUUGUAAUACUUUAUAUAAACAAGAGUGUGUGGAUGAGUGAUGAGGCAUCGACGCCUCCUAUAUCUGAUGUGAAGAGCUUGUUCCAUGCUGUUCUACGUCCCUCUUAUGUGUUUGGCGGACAUAUGCAUCGAUGUCUUCAUAUACCAGAGGUGGUUGUCAACUGA